AUGGCGUCCUUCAUAACCAACCUCUGGGAGUCAAUUUUUGUCCCUGGCCCGACCCCGACCCUCGUUCGCGCCGCGAACGGAGCCUUCGCCUCCCUUCAGGUCCUCCUCACCAUCCUUCUCUUAGCGACCUGGAGCAUCCACUUCGUUAUCCUCUCCUUCCUCAGCGGUUCCCUCUGGUUCGCCAUAAACUGGUUCGUCAACGAGCUCGCUGUCCACGCCGAGCAGGAGGCUAGGAAGGCCGAGGCCUCUUCCUCCGGGGUCGGCGGCGCCGGCAACAUCCAGACGACCGAUGAUAGUGACACCGAGGUCGAGGGUGUCGCCGGCGGCCGCGUAGGUGUAGGAAAGAAGGGUGCCGCCGUAGGGAGCAGUCAGGUCGAGACGCCAGAGCAGCAGCGGGCCGCCGACUUGAAGCGUCGGACCGCCGCAGCCGCCGCAGCCGCAGCAGUAGCAGCCGAAUCCGGUCCCGAGGACGCCACAAACGGGGGUACGCAGUCGAGUGUCAGCACCGAGGACGAAUGGGAGAAGGUGUCUGGGAACGAGAACGAGAAGGACAAAUGA